CCUGCCUGACUCGAGUCACGUGCCAGCCAAAGAUGGCUGCGCUCAGGGUAGGUGAGCAAAGGUUGGAGUGAACCCCGUCGUGGUCGCCGAGACCGGGUGGAGGCACCGACUGCUGUGAGGAGAGCAUAAGUUACUGGCAUCCCGGAAAAAAAGGUAUCUAUUAUUGAAAAAUAUUUUAAGGCUCAAGAUGGAAAAUCAUGAACCAAAUGAUACUGUCAAGGAAGACUUAAUUUUCAAUAUCAUAACCAGAAAAAUUAAUCAACUCCCAGAAGCAGAAAGGAAUCUGUUUGAACAUGGAUCAACAUAUGUUGGACUUAAUGCUGGUCUCUGUGGUCUAAUAGCAAAUAGUCUUUUUCGACGCAUCCUAAAUGUGACACAGGCUCGUAUAGCCGCUGGCUUACCAAUGGCAGUGAUCCCAUUUUUGACUGCGCACAUAUCUUACAAAGGUUUUGUAAGUUUACCUUUGAAUACAGGUGAUUUGAAUUGUGAAACCUGUACCAUAACACGGGGUGGACUAGUUGGUCUCGUUUUUGGUGCUCUGUACCCUGUUAUCUUGGCUAUACCUGUGAAUGGUGGCCUAGCAGCCAGAGAAAGAGCGAGAGAGGGAACACAAGCAGAGGGAGUGGGAGAAGGAGAAGCAGGCCUCCCGCGGAGCAUGGAGCCCGAUGCAGGGCUCCAUCCCAGGACUCUGGGAUCAUGACCUGAGCCGAAGGCAGAUGCUUAACGACUGAGCCACCCAGGCGCCCCCAGAUCAUUUAAAUUUUUGAAGUGACCUUUUGUGUUCCCCUUCGUAAAACUUUUCAUCUCAGUUCUUCAAACCAGUCUUACGUGACAGCAUCUAAAUCAGCAUUGUCCAACAGAACUUUGUGUAAUGAUGGAAAUGUUUUAUACAUGAUUGACAAUGUUAGCUACUAGCCAUAUGUGGCUACUGCACAUCUGAAAUGUAACUAGUCCCAACUGGAUACAUGAAUUUAAAAUUAAUUUAAAUUUUUUAGCCACAUGUGGCUAAUGGCUACAGUAUUGGACAAUAUAGAUCUAGACCAAUACUUUCUUAUGAAAUAAGCCAGUCAUACCAAAUACAGUAAGUACCAUCCCAGAUCAUAUUCACAAGCAUCUUAAUUAUCCCUUUCAGAUAUAGUGACAUAUUUGUUAAAUAAUCUUAUGCUACUUAAUUAUAUGAAAGGAGAAUUUAGCUUGUCACCUAGAAAAGGCAGCCUCGUGAGUGAGACAGGCCUUCAGGGUCUCCAAAGAGAAAGCAGUCCAGCUAAAGAUUUUAAAAUUCAAAUGAAAUUAACAAAAUACGUUUUAAAUUUUUCAGAAAGCGAAACUGAUGUUCAACAAGUGCCUUGAAAUGUAUUCCCUAGCAAACUUAUAUAUGAAAUGAUCCCAAUUAUGAGGCAAAAGAAUCUAUAUUUUGCCAUGAAUAUUCUCUGGGUUACAGAAUUAGGGGUGAUUUUUCUUUUUGUUUUGAUUUCUUUCUGAAUUUUCUGCUUUCUAUAAUGAAUAUACUCUCUGACCCAAAAUUACACACUUCUAUCUACAUUCUAUCAUUUUUAUUUAAAGGAGAGUUCUACUUAUCACAGCAGAGAAGAAAAUGAAUUAGAAGUAGCUCCUAACUUCAAAAAUAAACCCAAAUUACUCAAUUAGACUCCUUAAAAAAAGAAUGGUGCUAUCAACUUGGGAUAAUUCAAAAGCCACUGAUAUAACUAAAUUGGUAAUUCAGUACAAAUUGUUUUCUUAUCCUGACACAUUCUAGCAUAAUACCUUCUAUAAAUAGAAGAGUUUGCAAUGGUUUCUGUAACCAAGAAGAAUUCCUUUCAAGAAUCUGUCCUCUACCACGUAUUUUUUAAAUUAUCUUUUCAAUUAGUAAAAAUGGGCAACGUAAGCAGAAGACCGUAUUAUUUUACAUCUAUUGCUACAAGUCUACAAAAAUUUUUGGUUGGGGGCAGAUAAAUACAUGUAAACUUGCUGUGAUCUGUGUUACAAUUUAGGGAACAGUCAUUUGUAGCUAAGACCAAAAGAACACUGCCUCAGUCAGGAAGGCAGUUUUUAAUAGUUCAGUCAUACUAAACUAUUUAAAUCCGUCUUUUACAAUUUACCUGGUGUAGUUAUCUGGCUUUAAGAAAGAGGACUCAUUAUAUUAUACUUCAGAUAUUAAUUUGUAAACCCCAAACAAAAGAACCUUAAAAGCCAGAGAGGUCUAGGAAAUUGACCUCCAUGGGUAUACAGCAAAGAUGCAAAAUUCAAAGGCAGUGUAAAGAAAACUUGGGCCACCAAUAAAAAUCAAACCUAUGCAUAUUAACACAACUACACAAUUUUUCAAAACACCAUUACAGACUACAUUUUUAAAUUAGAUUAAAAAUUAAGCAGAAUAAUUUUCAACAAAAAUUAUUUUGGGUCAACAAAACUACAAAAAUUAUUGAAGUCAACUGUAAACUGGUUUCCUUUUAAAAAGUGGGGAAAAUGGCUCUAAGAAAUCUUGAAUGUACAAAUAAGGGAAAGGUAAAAAGGAAUAAAAAACCUAUCAGUAACCAAAGCAAUGAAAAAGGCAAAGGCAGGUUCACAAGCAACUUUCUAUUAACCUAUAUAUUUUUUUAAAUAUCUGUUUUUCCCUAAUAUUGCAUGAUCUAUAUUCCUAAUGACAGUUAUUUACUUUCUGAAUUUAAAUUAUCUCCGGUUUAAUUUUUCUGCAUUUCAAAAUUGAAAGUAAAUGACCAUUUGUAGUCUAGGUCAGAGCUGAGAGCAGUCUGGUAUUAUAAGGCAGUAACAAGUGACUGCCAGAGAGGACUGAGAUAGUCAAGUUCAAAUAUGCGAAAAAUACUGUGCUGGCCACACAAAACAUUCUACAAGUUUCUAAUGGAAGACCUCCCCGUUUUGAUCCCUAGCUUAGAUGGUAACUACCUGGUUUCUGAAGAAAAAACUGCAGCACAGUAAAACACAGAAAUAUAAACAUUUGGGAGGGUCUCAAAACUUUUAUGAGUGUGGGGGGAAAAAACACUUGAAAGUAUUUUACUACCUAUUCAACUUUCAAGAAUCAGAUUAGUUAGCUUAAAAAGCUUACUAAUUAGUGAGACCUUAAACUAGUACUUCAAAAUGCUGAACCAGGUGAUCACAUAUUUUUAAAGGUAAUUACUCGUUAUCAGUGAAUCACUCUGUUCUUAAUCGUCACCAACUAGAAUUCAUGCCAAAUCUUUGGUUGUGGAAUUACAACCAGCUGGAGCGUUUGUACCAUGGGAGCAUCCAUCAGUCAAGUAUAAGCCACUGGGCAUGCCCUUUGCUGCCUCACAUCACAGAUACUGGCUAAAUUUAGAUUACAAGAAACAGAGUGGGUUUAAUAUCAUACAAUAACCAAACUGUAUAGUUAUGAUAAAUCAUCCUGGGCCGAUCUCCUACCCCUCCCACCUCUCUGGUCUGCACACUUCCCAAUGAGUCAGUAAGAUAAAAUGACUCAGUCUAGACCAGAUGAAAGAAUGUAUUAACAUAAUCCAUCAAAAAUGAAAUAAAACAAUCCAGAGUUGAGUGUUUUUUCACACUUGUAAUAAACUGGAAAAAUGUUUCAAUUAAGUAAAACAACCAUAUUAUGUGGAAAAAAACCACUCCCAUCAUCCAGAAUACUAAAGCCCUUACAUAACACUAGAGACAUUUAAUAUAUAACAUUAAAAACUAGGAUACCAUUCAUAAGAAACCUCAAAAUAGUCAAAAAGGGUCAAGUACUCAAAACUCAAGAAGCCAAAACCUCAGAAUGCAAGCAUCCUAUUACCCUGAAUUGCAAUUAACUACUCACAUAUUUAAUCAUAAUUUUUUCAAAGAUACACAAGACAAAUCAAUGCAUCUGUUAAAAAGACUACUCUUUAUAGUUAAGGACUUUACAUUAACUUCUAUAUUCUACUCAGCAAGGUCUGCCUAUACUUCAGAUUGGCUCUCAAGUUCCAGGAAAUAAAUACAAACUCAUGAUAUGCUCUGUGAUCCCUGAUGGCCUGUUUAUGUAAUACUACACCACUAAAUGUAAUUCCAUAGAAUGUGUUCUUGACUAUGUAAUGAGUCUAAUAUUCCUUGAUGAAAUACUAUAAUUCUCUUCUCAAAUGGUUACAAUUUUUGAAAGUUAUGCAAAGAACUGAUCAUCACUCCCAUGAAAGACAAAAAAAAAAAAAAAAGUAUAAUUUUGUUCCAAAAUUAACUUAGUCUCAUAUAUUUCUAUUAAGUCUUUCAAGGAUUCCAGAGAAUCUUUUCAUAUCUCCAUAUCUGGAAAGUGAAAUCAGUAUAGAAGUAAUUUGGGAACUUGAAAAUGGCAUUCAUUUUUUUCAGCAGAUGCCAAAUUUUUGACCGACAUGGCUCCCACAAUUACUUUGUUACCAUCAGUCCAGUCAGUUAACAGGUUGUAGGAAAAGAUUCGUUUUUGCAGACACUGCUAAGCUGUUUAAAGAGAAGAGAGAGAGAUUAAUUUAGUGAUUACAAAAUGCACAAAUAUUUAAAAUACUUCGAACACUUUUUGUCGGAUUAUAUCAGAGGUGUGACUACAUUUUAACAAACGUGGACUUUUUAGUUAGGACUGGUCAAGAAAGUGCAGAAACAGUAAGUCAAUAUGAUAGAAAUAGGCGGUCAAUAUGAUGUGUUAGUUCAAUUAAUGUAUGAAUUCCUGUCACCAUCAGAAGACAAAUAUCAAAAAGCUACCUCUUUACACUAAUUCUGUAUCAUUUUGCCAUAGAGGCAAUUAGGGAAGAAAAAAAAAGGUUCCUCAAAUACUGUUUUCAACCUCUACAAUAGAGCCAAACCUUAAAAUUUCAAAACAAACCAUAUUAUAUUCCAGAAAUCUCCUCUAUCCAACUACUAAUCAUUCAGAACACAAUUUUCUAAAAAUAGUAAGACAACAGUUUCAUAUUAAUCAUAACUUUUUUUAAUUAACAAGUAGUGAAUAGGACACUUUAAGAUAUUGUUUACUACAUACUGAAACAGAUCUGUUGUAAAUUCAGAAACCCAAACAUUUACAGUAAAAUGUGCUUACACAUAAAUAUGAUCAAAUUUAUUUAAAGCCCCUGACAGGUCCUAAAUACAUGCAAUACCAUGUAAAAACAAGACCAUGAAGUUGAUGCAAAAAAUGACAAAAUCACUAAGUCACCAAAAUUAGAAAAGAAAAAAAAAGAGAGAAUGAAAUGGAAACUAAGAAAAGACAGUUAAAACAUAAGGAGCCUAACAAAGCAGCUUUAAAAAUAGGCGAUACUAAUCUCCAUUUUCAAAAGUUCUUAAUCAAGUAUUUCCAAAAACUGCCAUUUAUAAAAUGGCAUCCUAAAAAUCUACACUUGGAAUUUUCAAAGCAUCCCAAUUCAGAAAGCUUUGUCUACUGUUUCUCCCCAGCCCCGAACUUCAAAUAAUGCAGGAAAAGCACUGACAUUAGAAGAAAAUAUUCCAAGGGAAUGGUAUUU